AUGGUUGUUUUUGAUCCCGCAAAGUUUUUGUCGGACAUAAGGGAUGUAGAUAAGGAUUUACGGGAAAUGGCCUUGUUUGACCUGCAACAGGCGCUGAGGGAACCGGGGUUUCACCUGAGUGAGAGUGACGGCGACAUGGUGCUGGAGAUGGUGCUGCGUUGCUUUACCAAGGACGAACCCGACAGGGAGGUACGCAACAAUGCCAUUCAGGUCGCACCACGACUUUUCUUUGUUUGCAGUGAACGUCAGCAGAUCCGCUUGUUCUCCUUUUUGUGUGCUGCGGCUACGUUGCGGGGAACGGAAUUUGGUGAUAGGGGGUCGUCGGAGCUAUUGGAGAGUUCAGCGUUUGCUGUUGGGCUUUGCAGCGAGGCCGUGGCGGAGAAGGCGCGGUUGAAUGUGGAUGUUUGGCAGCGUUUACUGCCUGUUGCACACCGUAUCAAUACAACGCUUCUCGCCAAACUGAACGACAAGAACGUGGAUAUUUGCAGGGGCGGAAUGUACGAUGCCAUGAUUGCACUCAUUGUUCCUUUUGCGCGUACGUAUCCGUGCGAAGUGCGUGACGACAUAGCAAAGAUGGCGUUGCUGGAUUUUUCCGGCACAGGCUCCACUUGUCGUUGUGUCAUUGCCUGUCUUUCGCUGCUGUCGCCGUUUUUAAGCGAAGCUGCAUUUAAUGAUGUCCGUCAAACGGCAAUUCGCGGGCUUCAGAGGGCUGACCCCAGUGCAAGGUUGCUGCCACACCUGCAUUUGUACGACGCUUUGGUAAAACAUUCUCCUCUGCGCAUGAUGACAGACGUCUGUGCAGUGAUGCGUGUCCUUUUAACGGAGAUGCGACGACGCAUGAACGAAUACGCGUCAGACGACGACGAUAUCUGUGACGCGUUGAUGCGUGUCAUGAAUUCCAUGGUGUGUCAAUACCCGAGUGACCUCUCCGCCCUGCAUGGCGACAUCUUUGACUGUUGUAUCUCGUUGAUGCGUUUUGACCCCAACUAUUGCGCGGACGCAGAAGACGAGGUGGAGGCGGAGACGGAGACGGAGGACACCUACGCAGAUUAUUACUUGGAACUAGAGGAGGUGGACAUGUCAUGGAAGUUACGCAUGUGGGCUGCCAAACUUCUUUCUUCCUUGAUACAAGUGUCACCCACCGCGGAGGCCUUGAUUCGGCGCCUGUGCAAAGCCGAUUUUGCUGCAGUGAACGACAGGGUGGAGGAGGUGCAACUGGCCAAUCUGCACUUGGUAAAUGCUAUUGCGCAGCAACCGUGUGGCGGUGAGGUACCCUCCAUAUUCCUGGAGGUGGUGGAACCUUUAUUAACGUGUGUUUGUGGCUCCAGUCAAAAGGUGAGUAUAACGGCUAUAAAGUCCCUGCAACUCAUGUUUGAACUGCAUGGAGCCGCGCUUAUUCAAAUCGGCGAGGCGGUGUGUCGUGUUGUGUCUGAACUUGUCGUGAGGGACACGAAUGGCACGAGCCUCUUUAAUUCAGAAGUCAUAACGUUGUCGCAAUGCGUGAUGGACGCUACCUUGCUGGAGCCUAAAAAGGCGUUCAUGGCAGCCAAACUCUUUGACACCAUUUUUUACAUGAUUAGUAAAGGCCAGCUUGACAACGUUAGCGACCGCGCGCUUCGCAUGCUCAGGAUAAUGACGCGUGUUGCCCUCACCACGGGCGCCUCCUGCACUGAUCGUUGUGUGACAUUGUGUUUUUUUCUGCUAGAGACGAAGUUAACGGACGUGGAGGUGUCCCAGGCCGCAACGACGGCCAUAGGGAGGUGUCUUUCUAGUCUUCUCGAAACACUUCCAACGGACGCCGUGUGCGACAUUUUACAGCGAUUGAUUUUGCUUGCAGAGACAAACUGGAAUGCGCUAGAGGUGCUGGGCUCCGUGCUUGGCAACUCCACCGCAAUUCGCGUGCCAGCCGACCUCUUGGAGCGGAUUGUGAAGUAUACCAUAAAAUGCCCUCGCCCACAGCAGCACGUGAUCUUUGGGGUUGUGAGGGACACUUUAAGAAACGGAUCAGAACUCACAAGUGAAGCACUGCAUCAUGUGAUGCAAAUGGUAGAGCGGGACACCUUCACAAGCAAGAAUGUUGUGCUCCUGGAGGUCGCUUUAGAACUGUUAACCGAGGUUUGCAAGAAAUACCCGCACGUGAUUGAGCAAAUGCUAAGCGUGAUACUUGCAGGUGUUUGGAGUGUCCUGGAAACGGUGAUAACCCCGGCUGCUCCCUUACAGACUCGGGUUGUAGCAAACACCGUGACCUUUUUCCAUGCAAUUUGUUUGCAGCUACCACAACACCGUCCCGCACUGCUUGAGGCGGUAUUGAGGCGAACAGUAGCCUCUGCCUCUCCUGACAUUUAUAGCGAGCUCUUGGGCGGCAUUGUCCUUGACAAUGGAGAGCUGCUGGAUCAAAUUUCCUCCUGUUGUGCUCAAAACGAGGAUAUGGUUUGUCUCUGUGUGGGGACAACAGGCUGUUCCCAGCCCCUCCCUGAUACGUGGAGGGCGCGGCUGGUGGAAAAUUUUGUCAGCGCAGGUUCAGAAGCGGCACGUCGUUUGGCGUUGUUGUCGAUUAGCCGGGCUGCGGUAAACCCACAAAAUAUUUCACUCGUAACGCAAGUGGUGGAGUGCGCGGUGACGGGGCAGAAGGAUCGGUCGCUGUAUUGGCGGCUACUCAGGGAAAUGACGAGUACAGCGGCCUCGCAGGUGGUAUCCUCCUUCAGCGAACAUACAUUCUGUAAACUUGUCAUGGAACGUCUUUUGGAGAAUGUAUUGGAGGAUGACGUGGAAACAUCUGCCGCGGUUCUUGGAAGCUUCCUCUCGUUUGAUCUGAUGGAUCUUAUUGAUAUUACACGCCGUUGCUUGAACAGCGACUCGGAACUUGUUAAAGCAACGUGCAUAUCCACCCAGCGCUACGUUAUCUCACACUGCAAAAGCGAAGACAUUAAUCCUCAGCUGACCGGCGUUAUUGAAGAGUCACUCCGACAUUUGAGACGCACCUCUUCCGUUUAUGUUCGGCUCUCAGCCUUACAACUGUUUGCAAGCGUGGCGUCUUCUCAGCCUCAGCUUUUGCUUACCCCAACCAUGCGGGAUGUGGUGUACCCCAACGUGCUUGCUGAACUUGUUGAAGAUUUGAGUCUUGUUUUGACCGUCAAUCUUGGUGGAUAUACGCAUCGAGAUGACAAGGGAAUAGAAGUUCGGCGACUGGCGUUUGAGAGUAUUGCUAUUCUGCUUAGGGAGACAGGGCGGCAACGCAGAGGAACAGUGUUGGAAUUUUUUGCGCGUUUUGAAGAGCUUCUCCAGUGUCUGGUUCAUGCCUGCGGUCCACAGGAGAAGGGUGAGACGGAUGUGGGGUUGAAUAAUCAGGCUAAAACACUUUUGGUACGGCUUGUGAAAACGUACCCCAAUCUACCCUGGAGUGACGCCUUGCUCACCUCCUUGCAUGCCAAACUAAAGGCAGUGUUGGAAACGAACAGUAAGACUACCGCUGCGGAUGCUGAGAAGGCGCGAGUAAACAUGAUGUAUACGUUAAGUUGUGUGAUGCGACUGACGGAGUGCGUGCCCUUUGCCUACCUGCCACAGUUUCAGCCACUUCUUCUAAUGGCUCAGGGCUCACCUUUAUUGACGGAAUCAAUGCGACUCGUGUUGUGA